GAAUAAACACGCCUACGCUCCGGCUUCGUGUCCUGUGUCUCCUGGGUCGAGCACAGCCUUCUGGUCCAGCGCUGCAUGCGGCCUCAGGACCACGUCUUCCGGUUGGGGGCUCCCAGUAAAGUGAUCCUCAGCUUUUUCAGCAGCCAGUGGCCAGUGAGAGCACUGACACGGCUCCCGGGACCUCGGCAGGAUGGAAGAGAAGCUGAAGAAAACCAAGAUCAUCUUUGUGGUGGGCGGGCCUGGCUCAGGGAAGGGCACCCAGUGUGAGAAGAUCGUGCAGAAGUAUGGCUACACCCACCUCUCCACCGGGGACCUCCUGCGGGCCGAGGUCAGCUCAGGCUCGGCCAGGGGCAAGAAACUGUCGGAAAUCAUGGAGAAGGGGCAGCUGGUUCCGCUGGAGACAGUGUUGGACAUGCUCCGGGAUGCCAUGGUGGCCAAAGUCGAUACUUCCAAAGGCUUCCUUAUUGAUGGCUACCCGCGGGAGGUGCAGCAAGGAGAAGAGUUUGAGCGACGGAUUGGACAGCCCACACUGCUGCUGUAUGUGGACGCAGGCCCUGAGACCAUGACCCAGCGGCUCUUGAAACGUGGAGAGACCAGCGGGCGUGUGGACGACAAUGAGGAGACCAUCAAAAAGCGGCUGGAGACCUAUUACAAGGCCACAGAACCCGUCAUCGCCUUCUAUGAGAAACGUGGCAUUGUGCGCAAGGUCAAUGCCGAGGGCUCCGUGGACAGUGUCUUCUCCCAGGUCUGCACCCACCUGGACGCCCUAAAGUAGCAACGCUGGAGCUGCUUCCCCAGCUCAGAGCCCCGUCCCACCCCUGUCCUGAUUCGAGGUCCUCCUGGCCUGAGUGCAGCGCCUCCACCCUGCCCGGCUGAGCACAGACGGAGGAAGCCGCUUAUCCUGUUUUCAUGGACAGCUGAGCACUAAAGGAAUUUCUAAGGACAUUUGGUUUUACUGCUUUUUCUCUGCUUCCAGUUGGAGUUGAUUCAUGUGCUUGUGCCCACCUGGCCGGGAGUCCCCAGCCCCUCAACUCUCCGUUCCUCCUCAGCCUCCCUUUGCCAGCCACCCCUCCUCUAGCUCUGGUGGGAGGCCCAGGGCCCUUCCUCGCACAGGGCAUGUCUGGCCUGAGGACCUGGCGCUGAGUGGCAGGGCCCCUGCUCGGAGGGGCUCGUGUUCAGGCAGAACCAGUCCCAGCCUGGGCUCCUCUGCAUCUCGCUCUGUGGCCUUGGCCCUGACCCCCAUUGCUCUGAGCAUAUGUUCCAUGCCAGGGCCUGGACUGCACAGGCAGCAAGGUCAUGGGCUGAGUGGGGCUUCUUGGGCAGUUGGGGCGGCCCACGCCAGCCGGCCCAGUGGGCAGUGAACUGGCUUCCUUGACGCAAGAGGCUCUGAGGGUCUGAAAAGGGCAUCUCAAUGGCAUGGGUGGGUGGGGAGUCAUGUCACUGAAAUUGAAUGGGGGAGGCCCAACAAGGUGACUCGUGCCUGUAAUCCCAGCACUUUGGGAAGCUGAGGCAGGAGGAUCACCUGAGAUCAGGAGUUCGACAGCAGCCUGGCCAACAUGGCAAAACCCCCUAUCUACUAAAAAUACAAAAAUUAGCCGGGCAUGGUGGCAUGUGCCUGUAUUCCUAGCUCCUCAUGAGGCUGAGGCAGGAGAAUCACUUGAACCCGAGAGGUGGAGGUUGCAGUGAGCCAAGAUUGCGCCACUGCACUCCAGCCUGGGUGACAGAGCGAGACCCCAUCUCAAAAAAAAAAAGAAAGAAAAAUUGAACUGGGGGGGUCAUGGUCAGGGGUGAGACCUGAAGGACCUCCCCCUGUGUGGCCCUGGACUCAGCCCACCCUCUCUGAGCCGUUUCCAAUUCUAAAACAGACUCAAUGUCCCCUCACUCCCACCUCAAGGUCAGGAUGAGAACACACUGAGUGAGGAGUGUACGCUGUCCAUUGCCACGGCCAUGAGGGCUGGAGACCAGAACAGCCAGGCCCGAAGCGUGCAGGGCCCCGGAUGACUGGGGGACACCCCAGAAUCCCCUGGGGAGAACCCUUCCUGCGCGCUUUCAUUUUUUGACCUCAUCACUGAGAAAGGCUCAAUUUGGUGCUCAUGUGUCCUUAACACCUGAUCUGGCCCAAGAUGGGCUCCCUUUAAAGCCAAGAGAGCCUCUGUGGACCCCGCCUGCCCGAAUGAAAUCCGAACAGUUGGGGCUGUUCAUGGCAAGUGGGGCUGGUUUUUCAUUACCGUUGGUUAUUUAAAGUUUCCUUUAAAAUAAACGAUUUUAAGUUA